AACCCAGAGCCCCUUCCCAGGGGAGGAGGCGGAGGUCUAAGGGGAGUAGAAAGAAAUAAAGGAAGAUUUGCAAUAACGUGUGAAGUCUGGCGGGUGGCAGGCGCGCCUCCCACUGAAGCCUCGGUUACUUCCGAGAUUUCAAAAAGAAAAAGAGAAGCAGUCCGUGAAGGGGCUGGGAAGGGGUCCCUGGGAGGCAGGCUUUUCUUCCUUGCUUAGUGACCCAAUCACCGUCUCGUCUAGGAGGGACUGGACCGGGAGGCGAAGGCACCGGACAGGAGGGGAAGGGAGGUGGUCUUAGAGAAAGGCUGUAGCCUAGCCAGUGCGUGCAUCAGCUGGGAGGGCGGUAGCAGCAUCAGCCCACCAGCCCAGAAGAGGAGGAGGAGGAGGAAAAGGAAAAGGAGGAGUGAGUUCUCGUAGCACCCCCCCAGUUUGGAGCUUCCCGCAGAGUCAAAGAAGACCGGGGACUCUGGCUUUACACAGGCCACCCCCAAACCCACGCAGUAGGGGGAAAAGAGUUUGACUAGACUUGUCCAGUCGCUCCAGCUCGCCGCCCCGGGGAGCGCGGGGGUGGGACAGCGGGGCGGUCCCUCCCAAGGAGCCGUGGAGCUGAGGGGCGGAGGCGGCUGCGACUACUUUAGCUUCCCGGAGCUCAGGGGUUUACCCUCUGGAAACUCCUCCACCUAAGUGAAGGCGGGGGCAGAGGGGAAUCCCGGCACCCCGGAUCGUGCAUUCUCUGUAUCUAGAGGAACAGGACAAGAGGACGUCAACUGCAGAGACUUGUGUGGGGAUAGAAGUGACCCUUGCAAACCCCCCCCCCCCCCCCCCCGGGCUGACGUUCCCCGAGACCACUGGAGAGGGGGUGAGCAGUUUGCGGAGCUUUGCAGGCUGUCCAGCCUCCCGAAAGCCACUUCCUCUGGAGCCGGGGGGUCGGGUACAGUCUCGCAGCAGAGAAGAGGGGGAAGGGCUGCCCUCAUACCCGGCAACGUAGACGUAGACAACAGCAACCCGUGAUGAAAAGUUUCCUUAAAAGCCAGCGUCUUUGAGCGAGCGCAGAAGGAAGCAAACACUGUUCCGCCUGCUGGGAGCCGGGGAGCCCGGGAGCCUGGGAUCCAGGGAUCCAGCUUUAGGAGAAGCGCCCUCCGGCUAGCCCACCCCUCCCAUCUCCUUCUGUUUCUCCUCCUGCUCCCAGGGCGCGGCUCGACGGGGCGCCCUCCCGCGUCCGUGGCAUGUGUGGGCACCGCGGGCAUGGCAUCUGCGGUAUUUGAGGGCACAUCGCUGGUGAAUAUGUUCGUGCGGGGCUGUUGGGUGAAUGGUAUCCGAAGGCUGAUCAUUAACCGACGGGGCGAUGAGGAGGAGUUCUUCGAGAUCCGAACGGAGUGGUCGGACCGCAAUGUCCUAUAUUUGCACCGAAGCUACUCGGACCUGGGACGCCUCUUCCAGCGUCUCCGGGACUCCUUCCCCGAGGACCGACCCGAGCUGUCACGGUCCCCGCUCCUUCAAGGGCUAAUUGCAAUAAAGGAUGCUCAUGAUAUAGAAGCCAGACUUAAUGAAGUGGAGAAACUUCUAAAAACUAUUAUAAGCAUGCCGUGCAAAUAUUCUAGGUCAGAAGUGGUGCUUACCUUCUUUGAAAGAUCUCCUUUAGAUCAAGUUUUAAAAAAUGAUAAUGUACAUAAAAUUCAACCAAGUUUUCAGAGUCCAGUCAAGAUAUCAGAAAUCAUGAGGUCAAAUGGAUUUUGUUUAGCAAAUACUGAGACAAUAGUUAUUGAUCACAGUAUACCAAAUGGAAAAGACAAUCACUUGGAUGUGGAUUCAACAGAACAUUUGUUUGAGAAUGGCAGUGAGUUUACCUCAGAGUUGGAAGAUAGUGAAGACCCUGCAGCCUAUGUCACCAACUUGUCCUACUACCACCUGGUUCCUUUUGAAACGGACAUUUUGGACUGACCUUCCAGUAGCCCAUUCACCUACCCUCUGGCCUUUUAUUACUGACUUAUGCUGCUGUUCUAUAGCCCUCAACCAUUUAGACCAAAAAAGUGGUCAUCUAACCCCAGAUAUGAGAUGAUGCCUGCAAUGAAAUCAGUUCUGUGGCUCAGAUCAUGAGUGGGUCUCCAUGUACUUCCUAAGCUACACGUUUUUGGAAGACAGUGCAAACAGUGGAAGAGAACUCACAAGUGGAUUCUGGUAUCAGGGAAGGGUAUACAGUAAAAUCUGCAGCAGCUUCUGAAGCCACAGGAUGCCUACAUGACUGACUGACUAUAGUGAAGCACCCCCAUGGAAAUUCUUUCUCUUUCUGUAAAACCAACCUAUUUCUCCAAAUUCCUGGGAAGCCCACAUUUCACACCUGGUGUGAUAGAUAACCACCCAGUGCCUAUAGGGGAGACCUACUGUGAAGGAAGUAAUUCCAGUUAGCUUUGAUGGGUCUAAAUAUUUUAUCAUUUCCCUAAGAGGAGAGUACCACUUCCUCUUUCUUUAAAGUAGCAUGGGCAUCCCCUUUCCCCCUUCAUUCUCUCUCUCUCUCUCUCUCUCUCUCUCUCUCUCUCUCUCUCUCUCUCUCUCUCUCUCUCUCUCUCUCUCUCUCUCUCUCUCUCUCUCUCUCUCUCUCUCUCUCUCUCUCUCACACACACACACACACACACACACACACACACACACACACACACACACACACGCUCCCACCCACCCACCCCUGUGACUCAUGUGGAGUUCUGAAAAUACUUGGAAUGAGAGAUUGUGAACUAUUGCCAAGUUCUGAAGACAGGUAGGGAAAGUAAGUCAGCCAGCCAGUCCAUCAGUAGCUACAGGAUUUCCCUGGGAACCAGGAUGUGUUAUUGUUGUUUUCAGGUCACAUCUGGACAAGUGAGCUCUGUUAAGGCUCUCUCUUGGGUUUUUUUUACGGAAGGAUAAUCACCACCGGGUAUUGUCUGCAGCACAAGGGGAGACCAUUGAGGAUCAGGCUGCUCCCUGGAUAAGCUUGGACUGAGUUAAUGAUGGGCUUUGAGAGAUCAGGCCAAAAGGAAAAGAAUCCAUUCUGGGCUAACAGCUCUUCAGUGUAGGAGUAAUGAGUCUCUUUAUUACCAUCCAGCAGUCAGAGGUUUGACCUCACUUGCUGUUUGCGAAGUAUUUAAUGAAAUAAUUACCAUGCUUAAUCUGAAAGGAUGGGAAACAGGAAGAAAGCUAUCUCUGAACUGGUUACCUCUUCAGUAGUGGUUUCCUUAGCUUGGGAGCAUCCCUGGGUGCUUUGCCUUACAUUCUCCCAACAAACUUUCCAUGGCUAAGUGUGUACUAACCACAAACAUUUGCUAAUGUAAAUAAUAGUAAAUUAUUGAGAAUCCUAAUUCUUUUACACAGUCUGUUUUAAAAUCUAUUUUAAUGAAAUAAAAUAUAUUACUCUCCUUAA